AGAUAAGGUUCAUUUUCAUGCCCUGCGGCUGCUGCUGAUGGCGUGGCCCUUGCACUUCUCAGUAAGUGGGGAUCCCAGGCUGAUUUCAUCGCAAAGGUCAGGCAUAUGUGGCAGCUGCCCAGUGCCUGACACUGUGCUAGGUGCCAUAGCCACAGGCCAGGACAUGAUGGACGUGGUCCUGACUCCCUAUUGAAUACAGCCGUUGGAAGCAAGAGGAUCACAGGAGACAGGAUGUGAUCAUCAUGGCACCUGCAUUAUUGAUUCUUUUGGGGGCCACAGUGACACUGCAAGCAGACUUACUUCCUGAUAAAAAAUUCUUACUUCUCCCACCUGUCAAUUUCACCAUUAAAACCACGGAUUUAGCUCAGGUUCUUUUACGUUGGGAACCAAAUCCUGAUCAAGAGGAAAGAAAUGUCAAGCUAGGAUAUCACGUGAAAAUAAACGCUCCACAAGAAGAAGACUAUGAAACCAGGAACACUGAGAGCAAACGCACAACCAUCCUUCACAAAGGCUUCUCAGCCAGCGUGCAGACCAUCCCGUGGAACGACCACUCCCUCCCACCAAGCAGCUGGGUUUCUGCGGAACUCAAAGCCCCACCAGGGUCUCCUGGAACCUCAGCUGUGAAUUUAACUUGCAUCACAAGCACAGAGGCUAAUACUUACACACACUUAAGGCCAUACCAAGUUUCUCUUCACUGCACCUGGCUUGUUGGCAAGGACGCCCCUGAGGAUACGCAGUAUUUCCUCUACUAUAGGUAUGGCUCUUGGACCGAAGAAUGCCAAGAAUACAGCAAAGACACCCUGCAGAGAAAUACAGCCUGCUGGUUUCCCAGGACUUUUAUCAAUAGCAAAGGGCGCAGCUUGCUUGCAGUCUAUGUGAACGGCUCAAGCAAGGAAGCCGUCAUCAAGCCUCUCGACCAGCUCUUCGCUCUGCACGCCAUUGAUCGAGUAAAUCCUCCAGUGAAUGUCACCGCAGAGAUCGAAAGAACCUGUCUCACUAUCCAAUGGAAGAAACCAGUUUCUCCUUUUCCAAUCCAUUGCUUUGUUUAUGAAGUGAAAAUUUACAACACAAGGAAGGGUUUCUCUCAGAAAGAAAAAGUGACAACCGACACAUUCAUCGCCAUAAUUGAUGAUAUUUCCAAGUAUUCCAUUCAGGUGAGAGCAGCCAUGAGCUCUGUGUGCAGAGAGACGGGGCUCUGGAGUGAGUGGAGUCAACCCAUUUACGUGGGAAAUGAUGAGAAGCAGCCCUGGACAGAAUGGUUCCCUGUUGUGCUUAUGGCAGUCAUCUGCUUCCUCUUGUUAAUGCUCUCCCUCAUCUGCAGAAUAUGCCACUUAUGGACCAAGUUGUUUCCACCCGUUCCGGCGCCAAAGAGCAAUAUUAAAGAUUUCUUUGUAACCAUCAACUAUGAGAAAAGUGGUUCUGGUGAAACGGACAUUGAAGUUGUAAGUUACGUGGAAGAGCCUGGAUUUGAGACCCUGGAAGACUCCGUGUUUUGAUCAUCCCUGGAGGAUUCUGAGAAGAAACUCACGCUCCUGUGCCUCAGGGAUGAGAAGAGUGGGAAUGGCUGUUUUCAGAUGGACAGGAAUUUGGAGUUUACUGAACACUCAAUUUAGCUGCAAGGCAACGCAUCCAGACAAAUCCUCUAAAGGCGUGGGGGCCUCCUCAAAAUCUCCAGGCCUUCAUAGGGUGACUGAUUAACCCGACCAUUCUGCCCUGUUUCUUCCCAGUACAGGGUAGCACCUGGUCACCUGCCAGCCUUUGUGACCUGCAUUACUUACCUCAACCUUUUUUGUGCUAGAGACAGUUAUUAAGGCUAAUGUCAACUGUGUUUACUUCUGGGAGUGCCAGUUUGUUUAAGCUGCUAGUGGUAACUAACAAUCAGCUAAACUCUCAGGAAGAAAGCAUUUUGUACCACCCUGGAGUCAGUCAUGAACUUGGAUUCAAGAAUGUCUUUCCUACAGCAAGCAGGAACCAUGGUGGUUUUUUUUUUUUUGGUUUUUUUUUCUGAGUUCUACAAUACUUUUCCUUUCAAGUUGUGUAUGUUUGUGUGUGAGAAAGAGAGAGAAUCUCAAGGUCCAUGGGCAUGAUCCAGGUAGCAUCAUUUGAGGCAAACUCACUUAAAAACAUAAAAAGCUAAGAUAUCACUCCAUACCAAACAAGAGGACAGGAUUUUGAAGAUUAUGUUCUCGAAGGCAGCCCUGAUAUUCCAGGAAGCAGGAAGCUCAGGACAGGCAAAGGAGGUCACAGUGCUCAGAACCCCCUCCACCGCGGUGCAUGCUUUACACACUUUCCACACUUUCCACAGCUGCUUUCGUCAGUUUCAUCCAAGAAAGGCACACGCUGACUACCAAAUAAUUCCAGGGGUUGUUUUCCGAAUAACCAUCCACAACUAGCAGGGAUUUGGGCCCAAGACAGUAGGUUUGACAGCUCUGAGUUACUGCCUAUUUCCAAAUGUUACGGAAUGAAUGUGCCCCCCACACCCGCCCCCACUCAUAUAUUGAAACUCUAUCCUGUAAUGUGAUGGUGUUAGAUGGUAGGACCUUUGGGAGGGGAUUAUGUGAUGUGGGUGGAGCCCUCAUGAAUGGGAUCAGUGCUCUUAAAAAGGGACCUCAAAGAGUUUUUCCCCAACCGCAAACCAGGAAGAGAGCUCUCACCAAAACCCAAGCACGCACAAUGGCCCUCUGGUCUGGGACUUCCAGCCUCCAGACUGUGAGAAAUAAAUUUCUGCUGUCUAUAAACCACCCAGACCAUGGCACUUUGUUACAGCAGCCUGAGCUAAGAUUCCGAGUGUCAGGAGCUGCACCGGAUCCUUCGCACAUGCUAUCUCUAAUCCUCAGAAGCCCACAUCAUAUUACUGCCCCCAUUUCCCAGACGCAAUCACUGAGCG